AUGGCGACCCAAGCAGCGCUGAUUGCCGAUACAAUCGUUGGCAUGAAGCGGGCGCUACGCAGAGAGCGUGAGGAUUCGGGCCCGGACGAUGCCAUUACCCAGCCGACGAAUCGCGGUAAUAAGAUGAAGGCGAACGCGAAGUAUGUCCGUGAAGGUGCAUUAGGAUAUAUAAACGCAGAGGAAUUCUACAAAGAGAAAAUCGAGCAUGCCGGUUACACACGUCAUAUUUUGCAGCACAAUCCGAUUCGCUACGACUCGGAGGGAGAGGAGCUCUACGAGGAGGAUGAAGAUUCUGAAGCUGAUGCGGCGGCCGCAGAAGAGAACCCGUUUUCGGGGAUCGCGUUAGAGACGCUGCUAUGCCCUCUCAAACACCCCUCCGAACUACCCGUCCACCCGUCGCUGUCUCACCCGUACACUUCCCAGGCUCUUGAGCAGAUGACACAAGCCGUCGAGGAAAAGUUACGUCAAGAGAAAGCUCUCCUGUGGCGUGCAAGAAAUCUGCAUCGGAAGUUCCUUGGCGAUGGCAGUUGGAUGCCCUGCGGCCUCGUUGAGAUACCCGAUGAUCGUUACAUCUUUGAACCUCGGAUCGUGGAGGACACUAGAACUGUGUCUGCUGGACAACAGAGGCAAAGUGCUCUCGGGACGCCAUCUGCCAGCAGCGAUAUGAAUGGGCCGCAAGAUGUGCUUUCCACGACGGCCCUUGGGAAAGAGGGACAGGCCACACAUAGUGCGGCAGAGGAACGCCGUGUCGGGGAGGGCGAUGUUGAGAUGACUGAAGUCCCCGCGGCCUCUGGGGGAAUAAUGGCAGUCAGCAAUGACUCCCAUGAGCCAGUCACGGAAUUCAAAUCCGAAGAAACCGACGCUAUGGUCAAGGACCUUCCUCAGCAUCCCGCCGAAGAAUCUGACAAAACAAGCGAGAACAAUACUGCGAGUGCACGCAAUGGGCUUGCCGAAAGGCAGGAGGAGAUGGCAACCUCUAAGGAGGCAGUCAAGACAAACGGAGAGCAUACACAUUACAACGAAGCCAACGAAGACGAGAACGAACAAGAUACCGAAAUGCAUGACGGCUCCUCGCCAGAACCGCCUCGCCGGAUGACGACCCGAGCCCAAGCCAACGCGAAUAACCCCUCUGAUGACAAUCAGUCCCCGUCACUAUCUGCCGACAACUCCAGCUUCCUCCAAACUCCCCACCCACUCUUCGUCAUUCCGGAGACCGUGCGUCCCGACGCUAACUUUGGUCUUCCUCCGGGUGAAGCAGAGGAGACUCGCCGCCUGUUGUGGUCAUAUAUCCAGAAGCAAGAAGAAACCGUGCGGGGCUUCGAGCAUAUGCUUGAAUCCCUGCUACGAGCUUCCCACAUGAAGGCCGAUGUAUUGGAAUGGUGCAAGGCCGAGGGUCAUGUGGGCGAGAUGAGUGACGGCGAGGACUGGUACGACCGAGAGAAAUGGGGUCUCGCCGAGGGCGAGGAUCUCAAGAAGGGCACUGACGAGGACGAAGUCGAGACUGUCGACGAGAGUCGGACAGCAGCGAAAAGAGGCCGCGGCCGGCGACAGUAA